GUUGGCUUGUUGCCCUGGGAACAAGCACACUCAAUCUUGACAGUUAUGGCCGGGCUGAGCAGCUCUCAGAUCCCCGACGGUGAGUUCACAGCGGUGGUGUACAGGCUCAUCCGCGACUCCCGCUACUCAGAGGCGGUGCAGCUGCUGAGCGCAGAGCUGCAGAGGAGCUCCCGCAGCCGCGCAGGGCUGUCGCUGCUGGCCUACUGCUACUACCGCCUGCAGGAGUUCGAGCUCGCUGCAGAGUGCUAUGAGCAGCUGAGCCAGAUGCACCCGGAACUCGAGCAGUACCGCCUGUACCAGGCCCAGGCGCUGUACAAGGCCUGCCUGUAUCCAGAGGCCACCAGGGUCGCCUUCCUCCUGGACAACCCCACCUNNNANANNCGNGUCCUUCGUNUNCANGCNGCUAUCAAGUACAGUGAAGGUGACCUCCNAGGAGCCAGGAGCCUGGUGGAGCAGCUGCUGAGUGGGGAAGCUGGAGAAGACAGUGGAGGGGAGAAUGACCCAGAUGGUUUGGUCAACAUGGGUUGUCUGCUCUACAAAGAGGGACACUAUGAAGCUGCCUGCUCCAAGUUCUUUGCCGCUUUGCAGGCUUCUGGCUACCAGCCUGAUGUAUCUUACAACCUAGCUUUAGCUUGUUAUAGCAACAGGCACUAUGCCCCAGCGCUGAAGCAUAUUGCCAAUAUCAUUGAGCGCGGCAUCCGUCAACACCCAGAACUCGGUGUGGGCAUGACCACGGAGGGCAUUGAUGUUCGCAGUGUUGGCAACACUGUAAUCCUUCACCAGAGUGCUCUAGUUGAAGCCUUCAAUCUCAAGGCAGCCAUAGAGUACCAGCUGAGAAACUAUGAGGCAGCCCAGGAAGCCCUCACUGACAUGCCACCCAGAGCAGAGGAAGAGCUGGACCCNGUGACCCUGCACAACCAGGCUCUGAUGAACAUGGAUGCCAAGCCCACAGAGGGCUUUGAAAAGCUCCAGUUUCUGCUCCAGCAGAACCCCUUCCCCCCAGANACCUUUGGCAACCUGCUGCUGCUCUACUGUAAAUAUGAGUAUUUUGACCUGGCAGCUGAUGUCCUGGCAGAAAAUGCCCACUUGACUUACAAGUUCCUCACACCNUAUCUCUAUGACUUCUUGGAUGCCAUGAUCACUUGCCAGACAGCUCCUGAAGAGGCUUUCAUUAAACUUGAUGGGUUGGCUGGCAUGCUGACUGAGCAGCUCCGGAAACUCACCAUACAAGUACAGGAUUCAAGGCAUAGUAGAGAUGAUGAAUCUGCCAAAAAGGCUGUGAAUGAAUAUGAUGAAACUCUUGAGAAGUACAUCCCUGUGCUGAUGGCCCAGGCAAAAAUCUACUGGAACUUUGAGAAUUACCCAAUGGUAGAGAAGAUCUUCCGCAAAUCUGUAGAAUUCUGUAAUGACCACGAUGUGUGGAAGCUGAAUGUGGCCCAUGUCCUCUUCAUGCAGGAGAACAAGUACAAAGAGGCCAUUGGUUUCUAUGAGCCNAUUGUCAAGAAGAAUUAUGACAACAUCUUGAGUGUCAGCGCUAUCGUGUUAGCCAACCUCUGUGUUUCCUAUAUCAUGACAAGUCAAAACGAGGAAGCUGAGGAGCUCAUGAGGAAGAUUGAGAAGGAGGAGGAACAAGUCUCUUAUGGUGACCCAGACAAGAAAAUCUACCACCUUUGCAUUGUGAAUUUGGUGAUAGGAACCCUGUANUGUGCCAAAGGAAACUAUGACUUUGGCAUCUCUCGGGUUAUCAAAAGCCUGGAGCCUUACCAUAAAAAGCUAGGCACCGAUACNUGGUAUUAUGCCAAGAGAUGCUUCCUGUCCUUACUAGAGAACAUGUCAAAGCACACAAUCAUGCUAAGGGACAGUGUCAUUCAAGAAUGUGUGCAGUUUCUAGAGCACUGUGAACUUUAUGGCAGAAACAUCCCUGCUGUUCUAGAACAGCCCUUGGAGGAAGAAAGAAUGCACACUGGGAAGAAUACAGUCACAUAUGAGUCAAGAAAAUUGAGGGCUCUGAUUUAUGAGAUAAUUGGAUGGAAUGAGUAAUUAUGACUUGCAAUGACUUGUAUCAUGAUGACUUUCUAUGUAAAUUUUCAAUUUUUCCUGUACCUAGCUUUUGCUAUUUGUAUUUGCUACUUGUGAGACUUUGUACACUUUAGUGUAACGAAAGAACUAUUAGAUACAACCUGCACUUUUAGAUCCUGUCAAAUGAGAUUGUGUAAGAACCCAGGUCCUAGAAGGUACUUUGGAAUUUUCAAAACUGAGAAAGAUGUUGUUUCUAUCAUGUUUCCUCCAUUUUUGUUUGGUUUUGAUAUACCUCGUGCAACCUUUGCUAUUAUGUUAUCCAGGGACCAGACACUAAGUUCAGAACUUAGUAGUCCAUAACGUCUUCUUGUAAUCACUCCAAGGACUGAUUGUGGUUUCUCUUUGCACACCUCCCAUGGUUUUAUAGAGAAUUUAGUGUGUUUGACAGUUUUCCAAUAUAGAUAUAAUAAUUUGUCCAGAUUAAAUUUCUUAGGUAAUAAGUGGUUUUGCUAGUUUUCAAGAGUCAGUAAAUUCACUUAAUAAAUACUACAAAAUAAAUAAUGAGAAAAGAAAAGAAACCUCUGUGGUGUUUAGCUCCGUGAGUUAGUGAUUUGAAUUUAUGAUCAAGUUAUACUGUUGCUGUUUUUCAAGUACUUUAUUUACAUUUCUCUCUCACAGUAAUCAGGACUUGAGGUAACCAGAGAACUCAGGUUUUUUGGUUUUAAUUCUCUCAUACAAUACAUCCUGAAUGCUGUCUCCCCUCCCUCCACUCCUCCGUUUUUCCCACAACCUCCCUUCUCUGUAGUGAGAAUUCUGGAA